CAAAUUAUUCUGAAAUGGAAAACACAACAGUAUUUUAAUUAAUAGAGAAAAUGCAUUUUUUAUAGUCGAAAUAGAUAUCAUACAACAACUUGCGGGACUCCAGACUUAAUCUAUAUAAAAUAAAUGACACUGUAAAAGGCAAUUAAAACAAUCUGUCUCUACAUUAAUGUUUAUAAAUUGAGAUAAAUUAUCAUCAAGUCAGACAUGGUCCUAUAGCCGAGAUGGUUAAGGUAUCAGCCUACCAUGCUGGGUAUCAAGGAUUGAAUUUGAAUGAGUGACUGCACAGGAUUUUUUAUGAGAGUUCUUGUCCAGGAUACUGUCCCUCACCAUCCAGCUGUCUCAUUGUGGGCCUGGCUGAACCCACAGUAUGGGAAAAACAUCUUAGUGCCUAAAGUUUUAUGGGCUAUUUGCUCAUUUUUAAGUAUUCAAUCUCCAAAAUUUUCAUUAAAAAAAUUUGUUAACGAUUACUGUAAUUUGCAUUCUUUAAUAAUUCUAUUGAUUCAGAAUUUAAAAAGGCAAAGAGUUAUUAUCCUGUAUCUUAUCUAAUUAGCUACUGUAUAUUUUAUGUUUAUCUUUCCUGCAACAAAUCACAUGCAUCAGCAGUAAUCAGAAAGGUCAGCAAAGAUAUGCAAAGUAUGAAGAUCAAAUAAAAAUUUUAUCAGUUUUUAUCAUAUUGUAUCAACAGUAUAUACAAGCAUUUAGACGUUAAUACAUAUUCUCAGGACAAUGGAGAAUAAAAAGUUGUUGGCUUUUAUUACUUUCGGUACAUUAUUUGGAAUGGUUGUCGGCAAUGAAUGCUUAAUUUCUUCGCAUAUUCAACCAUGUACAAUUCACAAACAUGAUUCCAGAAUUCAUAUGAUUUGUCCUAAUAUCAAAGAUGUUCCCACAUUGUUGAGGAUAUUGAAUGAAAUUAAAGGAUGUCCUAUCUUUGCUCUUCAAUUCCUUCGACUAAAACUCGAUUCACUACCCAGAGGAGCAUUUGAUGGGACUUUGAUUAACAGCUUGAUUUUUACGAACUGCUCUUUGAUGAAUUUAGCCGACGAUGGGCCCGGACCCUCUCCUUUUCUGGGACUCGAGAAACAGUUGCAUACGUUUGGUGUCAGUGGUGCCAAAACUCCUCUUAAAUGGAACUGGAAGGAAUUGGCCAACUUAUACUCACUCGAGACUUUAUCUUUUGCCAGGAGUAACAACUUAAGUACAGUACCCGACACAUUUUUCAAAAUUAAUGGAUCGUCACUGAAGAAAUUAGCCAUUACAGGUUCGUGCUUGACAGAAAUACAAGAUUCCGCAUUUGCAAAUUUUCACAAGGUAGAGUCAAUUAAUUUAGAAGGAAAUAAUCUUUAUCGAAUAAGGCGUGAAGUUUUUCCCGCAAGAUGCGAACGAUUAAGAUUGCUCUCUUUACGAAAUAAUUUCUUAUCGGUGCUCGACGGUAAUACAUUCUCUAAUAUGCCGGCUUUGAAAACUUUAUAUUUGGAAGGAAAUCGCAUCAAAUUUAUAGAACAAAAUGUCUUUUCUAACAUAUGGAAUCAAUUAAAUACUCUAUCACUUUACAGAAAUUCUAUUGUGUGCAAUUGUAAAAUUGCUUGGCUAAUCGGUAAAAAACGUAUAUACGAAGUGAGUGAGGAAUCGCUCGUCUGCAGCAAUCCAGCUCAUUUGAAUGGAAUGCCCAUCAAAUACUUAGAGCGAAAUGACCUUUGUAGCAACAUAAAUGACAGAUGUUGUUAAUAUUAUUAAUAAUGUAUGGUUUUUAUCCUGCCUUUUUUUAUUAGUUUUAUCCUUAUUAGUUUAUAUGUCAUAUGUGAUACUAGAAACUUGCGCAGUUUAUUAGUAAUAUUUAUCAAUAGAAUCUAUUUUAUUUCGUCAGAAAUAUGAUAAAUAAUCAAACUGAAUUUCCUAUUAAACAUUUCUAAAUUGGAUUAUUGGUGUGUGCUGCUUAAUGUCACGAAUACAUUCCAAGAAAUAUAUUAAGGGAACAUAGAUUGUACUUGGACAAAUCUAUAGUGUGAUACUCGUAUGUAAUACUGAUAAGAACUUAUAUAAAUGACAUUAAGGUUGUACACUUGGCAUAGCAUAUGAGACUUGUAAGUGGUACGUCCUGCAUUUCCACGUUUACUCACAGAUCUUCUAGCUUUUGGAAGACUGCCGAUUAUGUGGAAUUUGCUGUUAGGUCUUCAGACCUAACUGCCCAAUUUUGGAACCUCUGUGGGACAUUUCAGCUUUGUUGUAAGAGAAACUGCAAUAUUAUAUGUAAAAUGUCACAGAAAUCUUUUCAAUUACACAAUAACUUUUAAGACACCCUGCAUAUGUAGUCCAUUGUUAAGUGCACAUACCUGUAUAUCCAGACUAUAAAUAAACGAAUUAAAUAUAUAAUUUGGCCUAAAUAUUUUAUUUCAGUCUAAAUUAAUUCAAAAUUAAUUUCUAAUUAUUAUUAUUAUUAUUAUAAGCACAAAAUAACAAUCUAAUCACCCAUCUUUAGGUCAUAUUAUGUUAUUUGAUUCUUUAAUAAUUGGUUUAAUUAUAAAUGAAUAUGAUUUGACUUUAUAGUAAAUAUAUAAUUCUAUUUCAU